UGUGACACACUUGUCAUAUAUAUUUUCUUUGAAUUAACAAAAAUGCUAAAAAUAAUUCAAGAAUGGCUUAUGGACUCUCUAGGCCUCAUUGUAGAUUUAAAAAAGAUUGAUUUUGGCAAAAGAGUCAAAGAUGGCUAUCUAAUAGGGCAAGUGUUGUGUGGUUUUGAAGUGAUAUCAAGAGAAGAACUUUGUCUCAUUAAACCAACUGAAGACAGAGAAGUAGCCAUGAGCAAUUUCAUGAACUACGUUCUCAUCUGGCUAGGUAAGCUAGAUAUCAGGCUCAAAGACGUAGAACUGGAUGACCUACUAGACGGCAAAGAGAGGGUGGCCAUCAAUUUGUUCUACGAAUUAUAUCUUGCCCUUCAGAAUAAAUCAAAACUACACAUGAUAACCCAGAAACGAGUUAUAGAAAAAUCCAAGCAGCCUCACCCUAAAUUCGAGGUUAAAAAAGUCAAGGAAUCAAAACUAGACGACCUGACCCUAGAACUCAAUCCUCAUUGUUAUCCUUUAAUCGAAAAUAGAGACAUCAUCCGUUGGCAUAAAGACAUCCUGCACUCCUUAACCAAACAAUGCGAAGAAGCCAGAAGAGAGUACCUUUUAUACUUCAACACCAGAAGAAACGAAAGACCACCGACCCUAAUCUGUACCUGCGACCUCCAAUGCGUUUGCCCGAAGAACGAAAUUAAGAAGGACCACAUAGACUACCCUGAGGAAGCCAGUCAAGACUUCACCUACGACGAACUUGUCGCUCAGCGCAGAAAAUCGAGAGAUGUGAAAAAACACGAGCCAAACUUGGAGGAAGCGAAACAAACAGUGAGGAAACUGAAGACUAGAAGGUUUGAGAAUAAGGAAAAGGAGAUACAGAAGAUGCGUUUGCACACUGAGCUGUGCGAGGAGUUUUGGAAUGAGAUGGUGAAGCACCAGGAGAAAGAAAUUGAGGAACUGGUGGACGACAAGAUAACUGCACAGUCUUUCUACGAGAAACAGAUGAUCAACAAGUUGUUUCAAGUCAAGCAUCAACAGGAAGUGAUAAAGGAAAACAGAAGUUUCGUGAACGAAGAGAUAAUGAAGCAGAACGAAGAGGACACUCUUCAGAAGAUCUACAUGGAACAGAGGUUAUCAGACGAAUGCGUCUGCGACUAUUUGUACGAGAGAGAAAGGAUUAAAGAAUUGCAUCGAAGGGUGUAUGCAGAAAAGUUGAGGUUGAAGAAAUCUAGGAUAGAGAAGAUAUGUAAAGAGACAGCGGAGGAUCUGGUGAACUUAGCUAUUAGGGUGGCUGAGUUCAAGGAGGACAACAAAGACGAACCCACAAGAAGAAGAUACGACGAUUGGGUUAGUUUGUUCAUCAAAGGUGGUUCCAUACUGCCGAAAGUGGUGCCAACCGAAGAUAUUGUGCAGGACCUCUCAGACCUGCCCGAAGAAGAGGAGCCUGCUUUCAUUGAGGAAAUUACCAGGCAGGAGAUCAUAGACUCCAAGGACUUCGAGAAGUACCACAAGAGCGAAUGGCCAUGGGAACCAACAAACCUUGGAGAGAUCAAAUUCAAUUUCAAGCUGAUCGAGAGAGGUAUGAAUAUCAUUGGUUACAUCGUGCACAGACUGCUGUUGGCAAAGUACCCCAGCACACCGCUCAUGCCAAAACCGGACUUCAAGUUCGAAUAUUCUGUGUGCAUUAAUGGCUUGACGGAUACUACCAUACCAGGAAAACUCCAAAGUUUGCUGAGCUAUAAGGACAUUGAGGUCUUCGAGGUCUUGGACGCAGUGAAUUACUGUUUGGAUAGGUUUGCUCAGGAGCAAAAGCCCGAAGAAAAUGAGGAUUUGCAAUCCAUAGACGUGGAGGAAAUGGAAGAUAAGAUGAAAACUAGCGCGGUGAAGUUGGCGAAAGGAAAAAAAGGCAAAUUGUCGAAAGAUGUGGAUAAAUCUAAGAGUGGCCUGUCAGUUAACCAAAGUACACAAAUAGUAGUACCACCUGUAAUGAACAAAAAACAUCAAACUCCUCAAAUAUACCCAUGCGAAGAGGUGAAAAUGUCUCAUGCCGCUACGCUAGGAGAAAUAGCUCAAAACUCUAUGAACUUGGGUGAACCCUUGACAGAUUAUCUCGUGGCCGCCAUGAUAGUGGAGUAUCUUUAUUCGGUUUCCGACAAGAAGGGCUGGGCUUUGAUCAACUACCCUACAAGCUACAAUCAGGCAGUAACUUUGGAGGAAAACAUAUCCUCCACGCCACUGUGCAAGGACUCGAGUGCCAUCAAAAGCAUAAUGGACCUCUCAGAUCUGGAAGAAAAGCCUCUGGAAGGGUUGAUGAGAAAGGAAAGAGAUCCCAAAAGGUAUUCCAAGUUAUUUGCUCGACCUCCAAAACUCAGAGACGAUGACGCGUACGACACUGUACUAACCGCCUACAUAAAGAUUAUCAAAACUAAGCUGGACAGUGUAGAAGAAGCUGAAAGUAACCUUCCUCCAAUCACCAAGUACAUCGACGAGUCUGCAGACGCUUUGGAGAAGUUCUACGCGGAACAAGGUUGUGCUUACUUCAUGUUUUACGAAUCCUUUGACUACAACACUGUCAAGUACUUGGCCAGAUUGGUCAUCGGAGACUACAGCUUGCCUAGAAAAUCAUCGGUUGAGCUUUUUGGUAGAUCGGUGCUACUCGGAGAAGAAGAAGUUGAAGAUGAUGUUGGCAUAAGGUACCCAAAGUCUUCUAAGGAGAUUAGCAUCAAGGAGAAGGACAAAAAGAAACUCUACUUGCAGAAGGAGACUGAUGAAGACACCACAACGAAAGAAAAGAAAGGAAAGCCUUCUAAGCAGGGUAAGUCUUCGGAAGCUUUAUUAGCGAUGACGUGGGAGCACAAGAGUGUUCAGGUGCCGCCUUUGGAAGAUAUCUUUGAGAUCAUCAUCGAAGAGGAAGAUCUGGAUAUCUUACCGGGCGAGGAAAAGUGGAAGUACCUGGAAAUCCCCAUGUCCGAAGAGCUACAGCUAAUCCUGGCUAAGAUGUGCGAGAAUAUGGAGAACCUCUACAUAGAAGACUUCAAGCAGGUCCUCUUCAUGCGAAGGCUGGUGCUCAACAACAUCCAACCUUACAUCUCCCACACCAAAAGCCACCUUAUGGAGUUCCUUCAAAGGCCUGAUGAUCGACAGGAGAUACUUCACGAGUUCCAGAUGACCUUCAACGAGAUCUCUGAGUGUCUUAGAUCAGACGAUGAGGUUAAAGCUGAGCUGCACUGUAGGGCUGAUGAGUUGAGGAAAGCCCUGCAGGCCACCAGCGAGAGGAACAUCAUGGAGUCUUUUGGGGAAAGGGAGAAAAUCAUAGAGAUGCACUGGUUAAGGAAGGAACUCCACGAGCUCAUGCAGAUUUACCUCUGCGGCAUGCAGCUGGAACUAGAUAGGUUUGUCGAUACUAUUCAACUACUGACAGAUUAUUAUGUAUGUGGAAUAACAAAUAUGCCACCCGAAGAAACUCCAUUUGCUAAGGAACUGAUCAGAUCCUUGGAAUCGGAUAGCGUUCAAAAUUACGAGUCUUUCUCCAUGUGGGAAGACGCUUUUGACACCCGAUACUUCAACGAAAAAAUGUUGGCCAAAGUGACAAAAAGCCUGGAGUUCAUUGAAAAGACCAAGAGUUCAGCUCAUAAGAUUGUAGGCAACACACAAGGUAAGUUUGCGCUGGGAAAGCCCAAACCAGAGAAACAGAAGGGUAAAGGAGCACCUUCGAUCCAAAUGUCGGAUAUAGUGAGAGAUAAUAUGGACAAACUAGUCGAGGAAUGGAAAACAGCCAUAGAAGCCGAAUCCGAAAGGGUGACCUUCAGGCUGAGACUACUGAAAUGCGACAGCGAACACUGCUUCAGAGAGAUGUCGAGCAAGGUGAAGGACAUGAUGAACGAGAUCUAUGGUCACAUCCGUAUCCGGUACAACAACGAGCAGUCGAGCAUAGAGCAGCUGUGCGACGUCAUAGCGAACGCGGUAGAAAAUGAGACUCCAAUCCAGAUAGAACUGUUGAUCGACAGGGAUCAGUUCUUUGUUCAUCCAGAGAUCCUUCUGUUUCCCGAUGACUUACCCCCACCACCGCUGCCGGUCAAGGAGUGGAAGAGGGAGUCAGUUUUCACGAUCGAGCAACUGAAGAACUUGCAUAGGGUGUUGCAGGACUUGGCACCCUCAGGGACAAUUCCAGAGAGGCAGUUCACGUUCUUGCUGCAAGACAUGCUAGUGCACGAUGUGGAAGAUGGUAAGGAACCUCUAGCUCCAGAGAUGUGGCGCAUGCUCACCACCAUAGAGCUGGAGAAGGUUGUAAACGAGCUGUUCUCCAAAUCUGAGUGUAUCCACUGGAAAGACUUCAUCAUUUACAACCUGAUGAUUGCAAUGCCAUCUUCGGAACAGCUGUUAGAGCUCAAGAGGGAGUUCCAAAAGAAAGAUAAGGGUAAUACAGAGAACAUUUCUGUACAAGACUUCAACGCCUUCAGGUUCUGGUUCGAGGAGUGUUUCUGCAAGAAGGACGAGUCCGACAUGAUGAGGCUGCUACUGAUGAAGGAGCUCGUCUGUGACCUCUACAGGGUGAAUGAGCACACCGUGAACUACUCCGCUAUGUUGGUGGACUUCUGCAAGGACCACAUUGGAGCUGUGGGUUUCGCUAAGCUCCUGGGCAUCAUUCUGGACCGUCCGGUUUGUUGGGACGCCAAUAUAGGUAAGAAAUACGUACAAUAUCAAAUACUACGAAGGGAGGCACAUGAAAAGAAGGUACAAGCACGAGAUGAGGAGAUCAGAGAUGAUAAGAAGAUGGCUAGGGACUUUCUAGGAGAAAUAGCGGACGAAACCGUUCAUCAAUGUGACAGCGUCAUCAUAACAGAUGCUCCUGAGACUCCAAACUCCAUGGAAAUACUGAGUAUUGAAGGAGAGACUUGUGGCGACCAGUGCCUCUGCGAUAUGAGGUGCUACUGCGGCGAUAAACCAGAAGAGACGUUUUCGAAUAUCUCAAUCGAUUUCGAAGAGAGCUUCGAUCCCUCCUUAGUGUAUUUCUUGGAUUUCGAGCCCAUUCUUGCUGCCGAAGCUGUCGUACUUCAGUGGUAUACCCAGGUGCAAAAUAUAGAUGGUAAAAGUUUCAGACAGAGGGCAGAAGAAAUAUAUAACGAAUGUAAAAAUCCAGAUUUCAAUAAUUCUGUUUUAGCCCAUGAGUUUUUGAAUCACUAUAAGUUUUCACAGCUUCUUGCUAAUACAACUAGAUUCACAGAUAAAUAUCCAUCGAAUUUCUUACAGCAUCUCAUUAAAUUCAGGAAAUAAUUUUAAUCCCCAUUGCUUUCUCCACAAUAAAUAGUGCAGCUAA